UUUAAGUCAAAUUGAAGAACAUAAUCAUAAUAAGGAGAAAUAACUGGUAUCGGCCUCCUCCCAUGUGUCGAAAGCCGAAAAGCGAAUCUCUCUUUCCCCUUGCGCCCCCAGUUAUCCUCUGCUCGGUUCAAGCUUAGAGAGACGGGAUUCGGUUAUAGCAGACAAGAGAAAUAAGAUCUGAUUCAGGAAAAACGGUUGCCUAUUUGCUUCCUGAAUUCUGGCAGACUAUCGAUACGUUGCCGAGCAAACCCAGUUGAUUGAAAUGCCUGUUUGGUGAAUUGCGAGCACAUGGUUUGCGACUUUUGUGAUUUCUGCUACUCUGUAGGGUAAAGGAUUCUACUAAAUAUAUUUCACAGAGCAUAUAGAGAAGAAUGACUGAGGGAAUAUCAAGUUUCUGGGGUCCUGUCACGUCAACUAUCGAGUGUUGUGAGAAGAAUUAUGCCUACUCUUCUUAUAUUGCGGAAUUUUACAACACAAUAUCCAACAUCCCAACCAUUCUUUUGGCCCUCGUCGGUCUUAUCAAUGCCUUAAGACAACGAUUUGAGAAGAGAUUUACCAUUCUUCACAUAUCUAAUAUGAUACUUGCCAUUGGAAACAUGUUAUACCAUGCCACGUUGCAACGUGGGCAACAGCAGAGCGAUGAAACUCCUAUGGUGUGGGAGAUGCUGCUUUAUAUGUACAUCCUCUACUCACCAGAUUGGCACUACCGUAGCACAAUGCCUACCUUCCUCUUCCUUUAUGGUGCUGUUUUUGCUGUUGUUCAUGCAAUAGUCCAACUUGGCAUUGGCUUCAAGGUGCAUUACUUUAUAUUGUGUCUUCUCUGCAUUCCUCGAAUGUACAAGUAUUACAUUCACACACAAGAUGCUUCUGCUAAGCGGCUUGCAAAGAUAUAUGUGGCUACCCUUUGUCUAGCAAGCUUGUGUUGGUUCUGUGAUCGUGUUUUCUGCAAGGAGAUAUCUAGUUGGCCCGUUAAUCCACAGGGUCAUGCUCUGUGGCAUAUCUUCAUGGCCUUUAGUUCCUACUUUGCAAAUACCUUCAUGAUGUUUUGCCGUGCUCAGCAACGUGAAUGGUCGCCAAAAGUUGUCCAAAUCAUGGGUGUUCUCCCCUACGUGAAGAUCGAAAAACCAAAAACUCAAUGAAAGACACCAAGAUUAUCUACAUGUUAUGAUCCAGCUUCGUCGGUUCUCAAAAAUUAGAUGGGUGAAAAACGCAUGCAGAUUCUCCUUCUCCGAAUCAUAUGAUCUUGGGAUGUGAGUUAAAUAUGCCAAGAUGAGCAUUUUGGAUAAAAACAUAAGAACUCAAGCGAAGAGGCAUGCUUUGUGAUAUCAAAAAACAAAAGAGGCAUGCUUUGGUGUGUAUCCAUCAUUGAUAGGUUUUUCAAAGCGUAUGCAACGGUCUACGCAGCUCUGUGCUAAAGACUGUAGACUUACGGAUUGCUUCCCCUCUCUCUUACCUUGGAGUUCUUACAUUUGGGUGAAUUUCAGCAUGUUCAAAUUUUGAUGGUUUCAUUCGAGUCUAAUUCAAUAUGAUCAGAAGUCUGUCGGUUUCGUUUGAA